AACUUAGUGAUCUGAUGACCACUUGUCAUAUAUUGCUAUGUUUUGCUUUUCAUUUUCUUCUUCUCUUUUCACUGCCUUUGGAAACUGCAACUGAGGGAAGAGCCCUUCUCAAAUGGAAGAACACCCUUGAUUUCAAUACUGAUGUUCUUCAUUCUUGGUCUACUGCUAAUCUUCACAACAUUUGUUGGAACUGGACGGGUAUCACUUGCAACAAUGCUGGAGUUGUUUAUAAGAUAAAGUUGAAUGAUUUCAGUCUCUCAGGUACACUUGAAAGCCUUGACUUCGUUUCAUUUCCAAACCUCACCCGUUUUAGUCUCUAUAAUAACAACUUCACUGGAUCAAUUCCAUAUGCUAUUGCUAACCUCUCCCACCUAGUUUUCUUGGACCUCAGUUCGAACCGUUUUGUAAGCUUUAUACCAUCAGAGAUUGGAAGAUUAACAGAGCUCCGGGUGUUGAACCUGGGAGGAAACCACCUUCGUGGUACUAUUCCCUCUCAAAUAAACUAUCUUCAACACCUUACUUCUCUAUUAUUAUAUGGCAAUUCUUUGACUGGCCAAAUUCCAGAAGCAAUAUUCUCCAAUUUGAGCAACCUUCAAACUUUUGAUUGUGGGAGAAAUCUAUUCCAUGGGCCAUUUCCAACAAGUUUAGUCAAGCUAUCCAAGCUUAAACAACUUGUCCUAAGUGAAAACAGCUUCUAUGGGUCAAUACCUCCUACAAUUGGAAAUCUAAGCUCACUAACCAAUCUUCAUCUCGGCUACAACAUGUUACAAGGAAAUAUUCCUGAAAUACUAUGCAAUCGUCACUCCCUUAAAUUUCUUUCUUUAUCUUACAAUAAUUUAAGUGGUCCAAUUCCCGAGUGUUUGGAAAAUGCAACCUCACUAAAAAAUCUUUCUCUCUCUUCCAAUGUGUUGCAAGGAAGUAUUCCUACAACACUUUGCAAACUUCACUCCCUUGAGUAUCUCAAUUUAUCUAACAAUACUUUGAGUGGUCUAAUUCCUAAAUGUCUAGGAAAUGUAACUUCAUUGAGACGUCUUUAUCUCCUCGCCAACAUGUUGCAUGGAGUUAUCCCUCGAACACUUUGUAAACUUCACUCCCUUCUUAAAUUCAAUGUACAUAGAAAUGGUUUGCGAGGUCUAAUUCCACAAUGUUUGGAAAAUUUAUCCUCACUUAGUUACGUUGCUCUUAGCUAUAACAUGUUAGAAGGAGAUAUUCCGGAAACGCUAUGCAACCUUAAAAAUUCUCUUGAAGUACUAUUUUUAUCCAACAAUAGUUUGGGAGGAGAUAUUCCACAAUGUCUAGGAAAAAUGAAAGCUUUGGUAACUUUAGAUGUUUCUAAAAACCAUCUCAAAGGCACGAUAGCUCCAACUCCAACCCUUGGGUAUUUCAUAAAUUCCAGUUUGAUUUAUGGAACAGAGACAUGGUUGUGCAGUUUGAGUUCCUUGCGAUAUCUUGAUCUAUCUGAUAAUAAUUUACAUGGUCCACUACCGGUGUGUUUAGAGAACUUCAGCAAGGAACUUACGGUUAUAAAUUUAUCGAGAAAUCAAUUUCAGGGAACUAUUCCAGGAGCAUGCACAAAGAAAAACAACUUGUUGUAUUUCAAUUUGAAUGGCAACCACUUGGAAGGGUUAUUGCCCCGAGGCUUGGUAAAUUGCAGUUCUCUUGAAGUUUUAGAUCUUGGAAACAACAAUUUAAGAGAUUCAUUUCCUCAUUGGUUAGAUACUCUUUCUAAUCUUCGUGUUCUUGUGCUGAGAUCUAAUCACUUUUAUGGUGAAAUAUUCUCUUCCAACACUGCACUUCCAUUCCCAAAGUUGCAUAUAUUUGAUAUCUCACACAAUGAGUUUAUUGGUCCUUUGCCAAGACAUUAUAUGGAGAAUUUUGAAGGCAUGCAACAUGCAAAUGAUGGUGAAGUAUUGAAUUAUUAUGAUCGUUCAAUAAGCCUGGUGUGGAAAAGGGUAGAGCUUCAGGUGUUGCAUUAUAAUAUUUGCACAACCCUUGAUUUAUCCAAUAACUAUUUCCAUGGUGAAAUUCCAAAAUCUUUAGGAAGGCUUCGUUUCAUCCAGUUUCUCAAUUUAUCACAUAACCAAUUCACUGGUCAUAUUCCUUCAUCAUUGGAAAAUUUGACCAUUCUUGAGGUACUUGAUUUGUCAUCCAACCAAUUAGUAGGUGAGAUUCCUGAACAACUUUCAAGAUCAUUGACAUUUCUAGCUAUAUUAAAUCUUUCUUAUAAUCAUCUUUCUGGUCCUAUACCCCGUGGUUUCCAAUUUGACACAUUUAGUAAUGAUUCCUAUUUGGGAAACAUGUCUCUGUAUGGAUUCCCCCUAACUUUACAAUGCGAAAGCAAAGGUGAAGGGCAAGCACCGGAUGAGAAGGAUGAUUCAGAAGAUUUUGGGAUGAAAUUUGAUUGGCAAAGUGUUGCUGUUGGAUACUGUUGUGGCUUUAUCUUUGGUAUUGGCAUAGGAUAUUUCGUAUUUAAGUAUGGAAAACCUCUAUGGCUUAUAAGGUUAGUUCUUGGAAAGUGAGGCAGGCAGAUGAGGAAUUUCAGCAAUGUAUAGUAUCUCUUAUUAUAUGGUUGUGCUUUUCAUCAUCUUUUUCUACCCUUUUUUCUGUUGUGUUUGUUUUGGUAUUGUUGUGUGAUUGUAGUGUUUGGUUUGUAAUUCUUAUCAAUUAUCAAUAUAUUAUUCCUGUGAUUGUUGACUAUUUUCAAUGUGUUUAAUAGUCUUUUCAUAGUUCA